GCGCCAUUUCCGCCAGCCUAGAGUGUCUCCGCCCUUCCCGCCUCCUUUCCUCGAGCGUCUUAAACACAGGCCUUGGGCCUACAGCUCUGGGGGUACUUAGGGGGGGCGGGGGGCAGGUCUGAUGAGUAACCCCUCCCCCCAGGUCCCAGAGGGAGAAGCCUCCACGUCUGUCUGCCGGCCCAAGACUUCCAUGGCCUCCACUUCCCGCCGCCAACGCCGAGAGCGUCGCUUCCGUCGUUACUUGUCUGCAGGACGGCUGGUCCGGGCCCAGGCCCUCCUCCAGCGACACCCAGGCCUUGAUGUAGACGCUGGGCAACCCCCACCACUGCACCGGGCCUGUGCCCGCCACGAUGCCCCCGCCCUGUGCCUGCUGCUUCGGCUUGGGGCUGACCCUGCCCACCAGGACCGCCACGGGGACACGGCACUGCACGCUGCUGCCCGCCAGGGCCCUGAUGCCUACACGGACUUCUUCCUGCCACUGCUGAGUCGCUGCCCUUCCGCUAUGGGGAUAAAGAAUAAGGAUGGGGAGACCCCUGGGCAGAUUCUGGGCUGGGGACCCCCCUGGGAUUCUGCUGAAGAGGAGGAAGAGGACGAGGCCUCUAAGGAGCGGGAAUGGAGGCAGAAGCUGCAGGGAGAGCUGGAGGAUGAGUGGCAGGAGGUCAUCGGGAGGUUUGAAGCAGAUGACGCUUCCCAUGAGGCCCAGGAGCCCGAGUCCUUCUCAGCCUGGUCAGACCGCCUGGCCCGGGAGGGCGCCCAGAGGCGGCGGCGGCAGCAGCGCGGGGCAGAGGGAGCCUGCCGACCUGCACGGGCUGCGGGCCCCAGUCACAGCUGGCCGCAGCAGGAGGAGGAGCAGCGGCGCUUCCGAGAGCGGGCCCGGGCCAAGGAGGAGGAGCUGCGAGAGGGCCGGGCCAGGCGGGCACAGGAGGCUCGUGGGGACCGAGGGCCAGAGCCAGCCAGGGCUGGGCCCAGGGCAGAGCCCCCAAGAGGAGCAGGGAGGGGCAGCCUCUGGCGCUUUGGUGAUGUGCCCUGGCCCUGCCCUGGGGGGGGGGACCCGGAGGCCAUGGCCGCAGCCCUGGUGGCCAGGGGCCCCCCGUUGGAGGAACAGGGAGCCCUGAGGAGGUACUUGAGGGUCCAGCAGGUCCGCUGGCACCCUGACCGCUUCCUGCAGCGAUUCCGAAGCCAGAUUGAGACCUGGGAGCUGGGCCGCGUGAUGGGGGCCGUCACGGCCCUUUCUCAAGCCCUGAAUCGCCACGCGGAGGCCCUCAAGUGACCCCAGGGAAAGAGUGAGAAACUGCAGGGAACGCAGCCUUAGAGGCAGGGCAGUAGUAAGGGGAAGGUCAGGGAUGGGGAUGACAAGGAAGAGGCUCAUGCUGCACGGCGAAGGAUAUGGAAUGGGAGCGAGACUUGUAAUGAGUGGGAGUGGGGAGGAUAUGGGCCACCACCACUGCUCCUUGACUCCUCUAGUUCCUAAUAAGACCUGGUUCCACAUCUCACUCCCGGUGUCUCCUCUGCCUUUUUCCAUUGCUGUGGUUUUCAUCAUACAUGACCUCUCCUUUCUCACCCCG